UGUCAUUUGAUUUUGUAUCGAAUAUUUCGAUUUGUUUUUAAAUAGGAAAAAAAGUUUAAUUCUGUGCGGGGUGAAUUUAAAUCAUUUCGCUUUAUUUUUGAAAAAAGAAGUCAAACUAUACCUAUGUAUAUUUGUGUUACUGGGCCAACACCAAAAUGACUUCACGUUGUCAAAAAUGUAUAUUACACGCUCUAUUUCUUCUUUUCUUCACGGAAUAUGUAUUGAGUGAAACAAUUAACCGAACUCCUGCACGAGUAUUGGCAAAACAAACUGGGGCAGCUCAAUUUGAAGAGCAUAUUGAACAGCCAAUUCAUCGCAAUUGCAAUGAACAUCAUCAUCGUUUGAGAAAGAGAUCUUCAGAUGAAGAUUUAGAUUAUGAAGUUUAUCAAGGAGUUGUUGGACGUCCUGGUAUUGACUUUCCCAUAUUUCCACGAAUUCCCCAAACUACAUUCAGCUGUAGAUCAUACGGAAAUGGAUAUUUUGCUGAUUUAGAAACAACCUGUCAGGUUUUCCAUAUUUGUGAAGAGGGCCGAAAAAUAUCAUUUCUCUGUCCCAAUGGAACUAUAUUUCAACAAAGCGAACUAACUUGUGAUUGGUGGUUUAAAGUAAACUGUGCUGGUUCACCGGGUUUCUAUGCUGAAAGUUCAGAAAUUCUUAACAAAUCACGAAGACAUCGAGUAAAAGCCAAUAGUUUACACAAGGGAUAUACAAAUAAUAAUAAAGUUGCUGAAAUUAUUCCCGAAAGUAGGCAUUACAAGGGCUCAGAUAGAAGAAUUGAUUCCAAUGAAAAUCCUUCGGUGGAGAGUUUUGAUUUUGAAGAUCUUUCCGAUGACAAAUCGAAUGAUAGGUCAUCUGAUAGAUCAAUUGAUAGAUCGAUUGACACCUCAAAUGACAGGUCAAAUUAUAGAUCAAAUAACAGACCUAGUGACCGUUCAAGUAACAGAUCAAAUGAUAGAUCAAAUGAUCGUUCUAAUGAUAGAUCAAGUGAUCGAUCAAAUGACAGAUCAACUGAUCGUUCAAAUGACAACAGAUCAGGGGAUCGAUCAAAUGACAGAUCAAACAGCAGAUCUAACAGCAGACCAACUGUAAGAACCACUAAUCGAUCCAGUAAUCGAUUAAAUGAUAAGUUAAAAGCACAAAAAGAAGAACUCCUAACAAAUCCACCACAAGAAGACAAUCAUAAUCAACAUAACGAUCAAGAAUUACAAAUAACAGCUGAAUCUUCGUCGUUUGUCAAAAAUCCAAGAGUCAAUAGCUACACAAGUGCUGACAAGACACUGAAUAAGGAAAGUGAAUUUCAUUCGGUAAAGCCUUUAGAUAAAAUCAAAGAAGUUCCUAUUACAAAAACUGUUAGCCCUGCAAGGGGAAGUCAAAAGCAUACCUUUAAUGACAAUGAGAGUCCAAAGAAAAAAGUUGACAAUGAAAAACCUACCAGUUUUUAUAUAACAUCAAGACCUGAUAUAAGCUCAGCUUCAACUACUGGAAAAGUAAGCUUCUAUACCACAGGAUAUCCUGAGCAUUAUACAAGCAAAAAUUCAUUGGAUGAUCCCUCUUCGAUCGAGAAGCAAUUCGUUACCCCUGAUGGUGAAGAUCGACCUGCAUUAGAAGUACACAGUACAAUUCGGCCAGACUUCUUUGUCAAUGGUCCAAUAAUCAGCAGAGUCACAACUCCAUCUCAAUAUCCUGGAACUUAUUCUACAGCUCGACGAUUAGAUACUACACGUACAACACCAUUUUACACUCCCACAGUUCCGGCGAUAGCUAGAACUAGACCAACUGAAUCAAAGAGCUUUUUCGUCAAUGUUGUAAGAUCAGAUGAACCCACCACACUUAGAGGAGCAGUUACCACUGAUAAUGUAACACCAAAACCCAUCAUCAUAGCCGAUAAGGAAAUCAAUUCUGACGUUCAUCGUUUUUCAAUAUUUUCCAACGGAGAUCUUAACGUUCAACUUCCCAUACAUUCGGAAACUUCUUCAAAGCUAUCAGAAAAUUCAUUAAAAUCUUCAACUUCUGGACCAACUUAUCUCCCCAAAACUACAAAGAGUAAGAUAGAAAAUUUAGUAACUCCAGCAAGUAUUGAUAAUUUUGUGUCGAGAAAUGUCGAAGGAAUUCUCCAAACUGUUGGUGUACUUAAAGAAACUAUGAAAAAUACUGUCGAUGAGAAAAAUUCUAGUCCACGUAUUGGCUUAGAAAUACCACCAUCAUCAGGCCCAGGAACAUUGAUAUCUUUAACUAAUUAUUUCGCAAACGAUGAUCAAACUCUAUCAACAACAAUUUCUGAUGAAGAGAAAACUACCACAAUAGCACCAUCUACCGGAAUUCAUAUUUCAGCUGGUCUUCUAAGUAAUAAAACUUCAGGAAAAUAUUUAAGUUUGUUUGGAUUAGGUGAAGAGAAUAGUGCUGAUGGUGAUGAUCAUUUAAGUGCCUCUACUGUUGCACCAAAGGUUGUUAACUCACCAACAGUUGUUGGAGACUUCACACGAACAACAAUCAGAGAUUUGGUGCAAGACCCAGAGACUAGAAAAAUCGCUCAGGUAUUUUCAAAUGCUAUAUCCAAAUACAUUGAAAAUCCAGAAACAUUUAGAAAAGACCUCAUUGACGUAAGACCUCAACCUCCCGUAAAGACUGUAAACAACCGUCUUGAUUACACAACUCCAAGUAGUAUUUUCAACAAAGCUAGCACUGUUUCAUAUGACAAGGCAGCUAUCAACACUUUAAGCAAUACCAAAACCACACCAAAAACUUUGACAUCGACAACAGAAAAUGAUGAAACAACCACAGCUCCAACAACUGAAUCGAAUGAUAUUGCCAAAGAAAUCAACAACCAAUUUGAUAUUUCAACACCUGCUUACGGUGCUAUCCUAACAGAAUCCACCGAAACAACAACCUCUCGAAGUGGCAGCUUUUCAACAAACAUUCCUCAGACAAACAUUGAAACUGGCAUUUCGUCCGAACUUCUUCCGCCAAAUCUUGAUGAAGAAACUGAGCAUGAAUCAUUGCACAAAGUGCAAAGUCAAUCAUUCAUUAAAUCAUACAACGAUUUAGCAAAAACUCCUCCGAAAUCAAAUUCAUUUGACAUUGGUAAAAACAAUUUCGACAAUUCACUUGAAAAAGAACAAAAAGAAAAAUAUCCUCAAACUGAAAACCCUUGGACACAUUCAGCCUUUACUCAGACUGAAAGAAGCACUGAUGUAACACUUACGACUACAAUUAAACAAGAUAGCGCUGAAACAACGGAAAGUCCUUGGUCACAGUCUAAUAAGUCAGGAAAUAGUUACAAUUUUGAUACUUCAACUCAGAAAUCGGUGGGAAAUAAUCAAUGGAAUAAGGAGAAGGAAAAUAAAGUCAAGACUUUCACAGUCACGUUACCAACAACUACAACAGGUAAAACACCAGUUUUGAAGGUUAAACCAACCGAAAAUUCCUGGACACAGUCAAGUCUUACACCUGUCAAUAAUAAUAAUUUAAAUGUCGAAAGUGGAACGACUUUCUCGAACCCAUGGCUGAAAAAUCAUUCGACAGUAAAGCCAACAGAAAAUCCUUGGUCACAGAUAACCCAGUCAAUUUAUCUUGAUCCAUUAACAAUCAAUGAUGGCCUUAUGAGAGAGCCAAGAACAACAACUUCCAAACCGUUUAAUUAUAUCAAUACUGACCGAAGUAGAUUUGAAGAUGUUUCUCAAGGCGAAGAUGGCAUCGAAGACAUUCUAAAUAGUCCUGAAUUAUCAUCAGAACUGUUGCCAAAAAAUAAUGGACUUCAAAGAAUAGCAAACAAGAUAUUUGGUGGUCUAAAUGAAACUGAAGCAUUACAUUUACAAAAUGUUAUGAAGAAAGCUGAACACAAUCAGAGUGUUUUAAGACUUUUGCUUUUAUUGAUUCAAACUUGUGAUGAUCAAAAUGGCAAGGCAUUGGAAAAAUCACGAAAAAUCCUUCUGAAUGCUUUGAUUGGUAUGGAUGAUAAGCUAAAAAUCAAAAAUAACCCUCAAGUUUAUCCAGCAACAACAACGAAUAAAAUCCCAGUGACUACGUAUCAUCGAGUUUUUAAUGAUAAAACAACAACAACUACAUCAACAACAACAACAACAACGAGUGCAACUACAACCGAACUAGCCAAUUCCAGUGAAGAAACUACAAGAUUUGAAAUACGAGUUCCAGAUCCUGAGGAUGAAGAGGACAACACUAUUAGCACAUCGACUUCAAAACCAUCAGUGUCAUCAGAUAGACAAUCAAAAAGUUAUAAUAAUCCAAAUAGGACUUCCGAUGAGAGGGCCUUGGAAUUACUUAAGUCACUUUAUUCCUUAGCUUCGAAAUUUAGCAGGCGAUGAUUUCAUUCAAAUGAGAGAAUUAAAUUGUUAUUAAAAAAUGCAAAUUGUCAGAUAAUAUUGUCAUAAAACUAUGCACAAAAAUAUAUUUAAGCAUUGAGUGCUAAAUUUUGUAUUAAAAAUUGAAAUUAUAAGUUAUUUAGUAAAAUUAUUGUUAAAUUUAAAAUUUUUGUUAAAAAAAAAAAUA